UAUUUUGGCUUCUCCAGACUGCCUGUCGCCGCCAUUAGUGGUAUAAAUAAGGUAGGGAAACGGAGACGACGAUGGAAAAUGGACAGUAAAAUGGAUUAAAUGGUGGGAGAGAAGUACAAAUACAAGAAGAAAUGUACGAACAUUUUCUGUAUUGUGGAUUUGGGCUUUUGGAAUAAACAGAGGAAGACAAGAGACCGGAAACCAUGUAAAUGAAGACGGGUCGUGUGGAAAUUAACCAAAGCGUCAAAUAGGAUUUGGAAAAGCUCUAGGUCGGAGGCUGGGUUGUCGAGAGGUAGAAAGAAUACUUGUUGUUUGAGUGACAGCGAAAAGGCCAGCCGAGGAGAGUUCAAAGCAAGGCUUUGGUGACCAUUUGGCACUUUCUGUCUAAAGGAUUCUGAAGGGGUCUUUUACAACAAUGUUAGUUCACCUCUGAUUUACACCUAUCUUAUCAGGUACUCGUUUUAGUAAACUGAGAUUUAUCUUUGUGCCACCCUACUAUCUUUAAACAUGGACAGCUGCAAGUUCUGCAAAGCCCUGUUUUGUGAAAUGCACUGAAGACCAAAUGCAUUGGCCUUUGGUCUCAACCUGUUGGUGUCUACCACAGUGACCAACGAUGACAGAACUUGGAAUUAAGUGGGCCUGUGAAUACUGCACGUAUGAAAACUGGCCUUCAGCUAUUAAAUGCACCAUGUGCCGUGCUCAGCGACCUACUACAACCAUUAUUACAGAAGACCCAUUUAAGAGCAGCUCAACUAUUGAUGGUAACAGAGAAUGGGAACCUUCAAGUACCGAAGGAGGGAGCAGUCUUUUAAUCUGUCCAGACUCUAGUGCUAGGCCUAGAGUUAAAACUUGCAUUACAACUGAAAGCACUAGUAAAUGGUCUUGCCAUAUGUGUACCUACCUGAACUGGCCCCGUGCAAUACGCUGUACUCAGUGCUUAUGUCAGCGUCGUACCAGAAGUCCUACAGAGUCUCCUCAGUCAUCUGGUUCUGGUUUAAGACCUGUUCUGCCUGCUGUUGAUCCUUGUGAGGAAUAUAAUGAUCGGAAUAGAUUAAAUACCAGAGCACAACAUUGGACUUGCACAGUUUGUACAUAUGAGAACUGGCCAAAAACCAGGAAGUGUGUGGUCUGUGAUCACCCCAAGCCUAAUAACAUUGAAGCAAUAGAGCUAGCAGAGUCAGAGGACCCUUCUAUUAUAAAUGAACAGGACCGAUCAAGGUGGAGAGGUGGCUGCAGUAGUGGGCAAAGACGGUCCCCUCCUACUUCUAAACGGGAGUCUGAUGUGAAAAUGGAUUUUCAAAGAAUUGAGCUUGCCGCUGGAGCUGUUGGUAGUAAGGAGGAACUUGAGGUUGACUUUAAAAAAUUAAAGCAAAUCAAAAACAGGAUGAGGAAGACUGACUGGCUGUUUCUUAAUGCCUGUGCAGGUGUUGUUGAAGGAGACUUAGCCGCUGUGGAAGCAUACAAGUCUUCAGGUGGUGAUAUAGCAAGGCAACUAACAGCUGAUGAAGUACGGCUUUUAAAUCGCCCUUCUGCUUUUGAUGAUGGCUAUACUCUGGUACAUUUAGCUAUAAGAUUUCAAAGACAAGAUAUGCUUGCCAUUUUACUGACAGAGGUGUCACAGCAGUCUGCAAAAUGCAUCCCUGCAAUGGUGUGUCCUGAGUUGACUGAGCAAAUCCGUAGAGAAAUAGCAGCAUCACUUCAUCAACGCAAGGGAGACUUUGCAUCUUACUUUCUAACUGACCUUGUAACAUUUACAUUGCCUGCAGAUAUUGAGGAUCUUCCUCCAUCAGUUCAAGAGAAACUUUAUGACGAUGUUUUGGACAGAGAUGUUCAGAAAGAACUGGAAGAGGAAUCCCCAAUUAUAAAUUGGUCUCUUGAACUGGGUACACGACUGGAUAGUAGGCUCUAUGCACUGUGGAAUCGUACAGCGGGUGACUGCCUUCUUGACUCUGUGCUACAAGCCACAUGGGGAAUUUAUGAUAAAGACUCUGUUUUGAGGAAGGCUCUCCAUGAUAGUCUACAUGAUUGUUCACAUUGGUUCUAUACACGCUGGAAAGAGUGGGAAUCUUGGUACUCGCAAAGUUUUGGCUUGCAUUUCUCUCUGCGGGAAGAGCAGUGGCAGGAAGACUGGGCUUUUAUACUAUCUCUUGCUAGUCAGCCUGGUGCCAGUUUGGAGCAGACACACAUUUUUGUUCUUGCACAUAUUCUUCGUAGACCAAUUAUAGUUUAUGGAGUGAAGUAUUAUAAGAGUUUCCGUGGGGAGACCCUGGGAUAUACACGGUUUCAAGGUGUUUAUUUGCCAUUGCUCUGGGAACAAAGCUUUUGUUGGAAAAGUCCCAUUGCUCUGGGAUACACAAGGGGCCAUUUCUCUGCUCUAGUUGCGAUGGAGAAUGAUGGUUUCGACAACAGAGGUGCUGGCGCCAAUCUUAACACAGACGAUGAUGUCACUGUCACUUUCCUGCCUUUGGUAGAUAGUGAGAGAAAGCUACUUCAUAUUCACUUUCUAUCUGCUCAAGAGAUUGGAAAUGAAGAACAGCAGGAGAAGCUGCUGCGAGAAUGGCUGGACUGCUGUGUCACUGAAGGUGGAGUUUUAGUUGCCAUGCAGAAGAGCUCACGGCGGCGGAAUCACCCUCUGGUUACACAGAUGGUAGAGAAAUGGCUGGAUCGUUAUCGACAGAUACGACCUUGUGCAUCGCUCUCUGAUGGAGAGGAAGAUGAAGAUGAUGAUGAUGAAUGAGGAAUUAAACAAUAUAGACAGAAUGCAUCACCUCCAGUUCCUCUGGUGUAAAGAUUCCUGUGGGGCUACAGCAACCAUGUGGCAAUUGGUCACUCAACAUCUAGCACUCGGAAUAAGAAACUUCUGUACUGGCGACAUUGUAGGAACAGAAAGUAGUGACAACAAACUGACACAAUAGUACUUCCGUUACAGAGGAGAACUUUGGGGCUAGUAAAUGAAAGGAUUCUAGUUUACUAAAUUGUUAUCAAAGAUAUUAAGAAGGAAAUGGAGCUUUCUUUUCCAAGUGUAAAAUCACUAUCCAUAAAUGUACUGCAUGUGGUUGUAUAUGAAGUUGUGUAUUAGGAAAAAAAGAGUAUGUGUGUAUAUAUGUGUGUGUGUGUGUGUGUAUAUAUAUAUAUAUAUAUAUGUAUGUAUAUAUAAUAUAUAAUUCACACACAAAAAAUAUAUACAUACACAAAGUUUAACAAAUUAUGGAAAGUUUAUAAGGUUUAAAAAUAUGGGCACUUACAAAAGCACAUCUCUUAGAAUUAUAUGUUCAGUUUGGAUGUAUUUAUUUUUUUAAACAUUUCAGACAUGUUUAAGGCAGUUAAUUAUGGCUUGCAGAACUGUCAGUACCACAGCCACAUCACAUCUGCACUGUAGGGUAAUGUUUACAGAAAUACACCUAAGCGCCCAAAGGCCACUGCAGUAUCAUUUUCACAGUAAAUGCUUUUCCGAUGACAAGCUUGAAUAAAACAAAUAAACAUUUGUAUUCUAGGACGAUUCGUUUUUCUGCAGUGGCCUUUUGAUCUCAGCCCAGUGUAUGAAUGUGUGUGUUUUGUGUCCCCCCCCCCCUCCACCUGCUUCACACCCACUACAUUAUGGUUUGAGAUAUCUUUGGGGGCAGACCCCCGUGACCCUGUGUUCGGAUUCAGCGGGUUGGCAAAUGGAUGGAUGGAUAUCUUUGGGGUGAAUGAUUUGAUAUUUAUUUGUCAAGAUGAUAUAAAGUGCAGCAAUGUGUUUUCUUUUUGAUUUCACCCCAAGUAUCCCCUGAUAGGUUUUGAAUUGAUUCUGUGUUGUUGGGUUUUUUUUGUUUUUGUUUUUUUUUAGUUGUUUAGACUUAAUGAAGAAUUUUAUGUUGCACAAACAUACGUGUGUGUGUGUGUGUGUGUAUAUGUAUGCUUAUAUGUGUGUGUAUAGAUAUAUAUGUAUAUAUUUCUAUACACACACAUAUAUAAUGUAUAUUAUUGCUGUGGGACAGCAGGGGUAGUUGACAUACGUUGUUGUUCUUGUGUGGUUAGCACCUCUCUGCGCUGUGAUGUUACAGGACGGAGUACUUAUCCUAUAAGGGGUGGGAGCCGAAUGACUUACAACACACGUACUUAGCAUUAUGACUUUGCAAAAAGCUUGAACUUCAUGACAAGCCAUUGGUUGAAAGUAAAAAAAAAAAAAAAUGUUUCUGUAUAAACUUUUGGUACAUUUAUUAGAGAAGGUUGUUUAUUUUCUGUUGAUUUUUUUUUAACUGUUUAGCACACUAAUAUUCUCCUGAAAGUUUUCAUGUUAUAAUUUGAGGCACUCGUUUUUCUUAUUUUUAUUUCAGCCUGUCUAACAUGGGUGUAAUAGUUCCAAGGUGAGAAUUGCACAAAAACAGACUAACAUGAAGAUGUAGGUUUUUAUUUUUUUUUUUUUUAAAUAAGACGAGUGCCCAUUUGUACACCUCCAGCAAUCCAUGUCCGUCCAAAAUUUUAUUCUGUAAUUGGAUGCAAAAUUUAAGUCCCUUUUGUGGUUUGGGGUGCUUCAAAGAAAUAAAUAUACUGUUUUUGGAACUGGGUAUAAACCUUUUAAAGUUCUGUGUUUUUAAGCCAUAGUCAUUUUUUUCACAUUCAUGGCAUACAGUCAUUUGCCCAGAAAUGUUUUUUUUUUUUUUUUUUUAAAGAAAAGAAUAUUUUAUAAUCUAUUUUAAACAGCAUCUCCCCUAGAAUCUUAUAGUGGGGUCACUAGUAGGACACUAGAUAAAAUGUGAAACAAAACCGUUAACACAUUUGCCCACUUUGAAGUAGCAGAGGUUUGGAUUUUGGAAACGUGAAUUUUGUGUUUCAGAGUUUUUUUAUGGCAACAACACAGAGCUGAAGAUAGUCGAUUCUUGGCGCUCUCUUGUUGGAGGAUACUUGUCCUCUUCUCUAUACAUGAUGGCUAUCAUGGCUUGAGUUUUCAUGUAACUACCACUACCCAGUGUGAUUGAAGCUAUGGAGUGAAAUGGAAGCGCUAAAGUGGAUUAUCAUAAAGUAAACCACCUGUUUGUUCCCAUUUAGCAUGAGGUUGUCUUUCUUUUAAAAUGGUUAGAAAAUACACAUGUAGUGUCUGUAGUUUCCAUCAACCCCCUUUCAGUAAUCUAUAAAGUUAUGGCUUUUAGCCCUUAGAUGGAAACUGUGAGACAUCAGUGCUAAGCAAUGUGCCACUGCUGUUAACAAGAUCAAUAAACAGGCUUGCUCUAAUUACAA